GAGGGUUGAGGCUGCAGCCCUGCGUGUCGGAGGGAUUGCCAAUGGUGCACUAUGACAGAAAGCGCUGCACGUAUCUGCAGUAGGCGUCCCUCAUACUCCUAGCCCCGCGUCGGAUUCGCAGGAUUUGGCGCAACAAAACAAAAACAAAACAAACAAACAAACAAAAAAGCAAAAAUAACCGAUUGGAUGCUGGCACUGGUAUCCCAUUUUGGUGGUCCUGCAUUGCCAUUUUGUUUAAAAGACCGGCCGCCUUUCAAUGUCUAGAGGCGCGUGUACGGAGAUGCCCUGCGGCUGAAGCCGAGAAUGCUUUCAAUCAAGCGCUCUGCAGGAGCGUGGUGAUGAGAUGGAUGGAGCCAAAGACCAACCAGCUCCCACAUCCCAGCAUGUCCAACGGCAGCAAGUCCCCCCCACAGUCGGGAGAAGCUGCAGGCUCUAACUCCAUGGCAUGGGUGAAGAUGUUUAAGAAGCCUGGAGGAGGAGGAGGCCUGAAGAAGUCCUACCAGCCUGGCAGCAUGUUGUCUCUGGCUCUCACCAAAGGCCUCCUGAAUGAGCCCGGACAGAAUAGUUGCUUCUUGAACAGCGCUGUUCAGGUGCUUUGGCAGCUGGACAUUUUCAGGAGAAGUCUGAGGCACCUCUCAGGGCACUUUUGUCUGGGUGAUUCCUGCAUUUUCUGCGCAUUGAAGAGCAUAUUCAGUCAGUUCCAGCAGAGUCGUGAGCGCGUGCUGCCCUCGGACAGCCUGCGUAACGCCCUCGCCGAAACUUUCAAAGAUGAGCAACGCUUCCAACUUGGCCUCAUGGACGACGCUGCCGAGUGCUUUGAGAAUAUCCUGGAGCGCAUUCAUCUGCACAUCGUCUCAGACACGGCCCCCGACUCUUGCUCCUCCAAAUCCUGCAUCACCCAUCAGAAGUUUGCCAUGAUGCUUUACGAGCAGUUUGUGUGUCGCUGCUGUGGCGCAUCGUCGGACCCUCACCCUUUCACAGAGUUGGUACACUAUGUCUCAACCACUGCUCUGUGCCAACAGGUGGACCGCACAAUGGCGCGGACCAAGCGUCUCAGGUCGGACAUGUUUGGAGAAUUGCUGCAGGCAGCAAACAACACAGGCGACCUGCGCAGCUGCCCCAGAGACUGCGGUCAAAGCAUCAAGAUCCGUCGGGUGCUCAUGAACUGUCCAGAGAUUGUCACCAUUGGAUUCGUUUGGGAUGCAGAGCAAUCCGAUCUGACGGACGAUGUCAUCCGGUCACUCGGCCCACGCUUGAAUUUGUGUGGACUUUUCAACCGUGUCACUGAUGAAAAUGCCAAGCGGACUGAGCUCCAUCUGGUGGGAAUGAUUUGUUUCUCCAGCAAACAUUAUUCGGCCUUCGCUUAUCACACCAAAUCUUCCAAAUGGAUGUUUUUUGAUGACGCCACUGUAAAAGAGAUUGGUUCCAAAUGGAAAGAUGUGGCUUCUAAAUGCGUCAGGGGACACUUCCAACCACUUCUUCUGUUUUACACGAAUCCUGAGGGCACGCCAGUGUCUAACGAGGAUGCACCUAAGCAGACCACCAUGUGCCCUCGAUACAAAGGCCAAGUCAACGGUGAGGUGACAGUGAAAAAUCCCCUCUGCAGUCCAAACAGAUUCCAGGAAGCUUUUAUGGAGAAUUUUCAGAGAGUCAGUGAAACCACAAAAAAGGACAGAGUGCACACGAGAAUAGAUGCUUCCCACCCCAAAGAUAUGACCCACACAAGAUCCUCGUCUCCUCCCGAGAACGGACCAAGGGAACAGAAAUGUAAAAGCUAUCCCCGCAAUGAGAAGUCAACAAGCCAUUCGGUCAGAGCAUCUCAGGAAGCACGUGGGCAAUUCCGACCCACGCAGGCUGGCGGGCACGGCAGGAAGAAUCACCCCUCGCCCAGUCGUUCUGACCAGGACAGCUGCCAUGAUCAGUGGGAAAACAGCGGGAGUGGAGGAAGCCGGAAUAAGUGCAAGUCCACCUGGAGACCCAUUCGUGAGGUGCUAAAUGUGGAUACUGUUCUCAACGAGCUCGAGCAGCGUCGUCAACAGCAGCACGACAGCCCUCGGCGCGGCAAGACAGAACGAGCGCAGGCCGAACAAGGUCGGGAUCGCGAGCGGGAGCAUGCACGGACCAGGGAGGAUCGCAAGCAGAAGUGUUUGAUGACCAUUUACGAAGACGAGCAACGUCACGAGACGGAGAGCCACAGCUCAGUGGAAUCGGACAGCAGGGCCACCCAGCAGAGGGGCGGCAGGCUGACGGGGGGCGCCAAGACGCUGCUGCGGAGUGACACCUGGACCAUCCAGAGGACCGAGUCGGGAUAUGAGAGCAGCGACCGGCUCAGUAGCGGAUCCACUAAUCCUGACUCGCCCGGCGUUGAUGGCUUUGCGGUGAAAGAGCAGAGGUCAGCAACGGAAACCCAGUUCCAAAGCCAGCUGCACCCAAAGGCAGGCGAUGAAAAAUCCACUGGAACGUUGUCUCCAUCACACAAUGGUAAACAUCAGGCAAAACCUCAGGGAAAGAACCAUGACCAGGUUUCACAUUCACAUCUGAAGUGCAGUCCAGGUUCAAGGCGCAAAUGCAAGUACACGUCCAGUACUUGCAGAAAGACUUGCGAGCGGGAGUGCGUGGCUACGGAUAACAGGCAGAGCGACCAGCAGGAGCUGACAAGCGGUCGAGGCCACGCGGGGGAGUGCGCGGCCUCGAGGCACGUCACCAAGACCAGCAGCUCCGAGUGGAACAGCUCAGACGACCUCGCUCUCUCCGAGCCCGAGGAUAGAGACGCUUACCGCCCCGGCGCCGCCGUCGCCUCUGACCCGCAGUGUCCUCACGUCCCACUGGCAUACCGCCACCCCCCCGGCAACGCCGCCGCAGACCCUCAGCGCCAGCUGGGCACACCGGGCACGGGUUCGCCUCACCUCCGACCCGGCCAGCUGCUUUCCCCUCAUCUGGGCGAAACGAGCGAUGCCGUGUUCCGCCCCAGGAUGCUUCAAGAACCUUUCCAGGCCAGCCCUCGCCACAGGAAGACCGACAUCUCCGGCCUGCGGACCUUCUCGGACGCCAGUUCCAAGUCUGGCUCGGAUCCGGAGAGGAGCACGCCGUCGUCGUGCGAGAGCGAUGACAGACUGGUGGCAGGGUGCCGAGCGGAGCAGGCGCCCCCGGCUCAGGAGGUUUCUCUCACCACAUACUUCAACGUGGACAACUGUAUGACGGAAACGUACCGCCUCAAGUACCACAACCAGAGGCCUCUGCUGCUAUCGGCCACUGUGCCGCGAGCCGCGGGCCUGUCGGAGCACAGGGACAUUUCGCACACGCUCUCGUCCGACACGCAAGACGUGCCAAAAGCCAAACCCGAAUCAAGCAAUACGAGCAAUAAGCCCACCGCGAAAUGGAACCCAGUGACAGCCAAAGGCUUGGAUGAACGAGGCUUUUUAUGAGUCUCCCGCUCUCUUUUUGUUUUGUUUACAUGCAUCAACUGUUCGGUCACAUGAGAUUGAAAAUGGAUGCCAAAGAGUUUACAGAGGUGGAAAUAACACUAUGUGGACAAAAGUGUUGGGACCACGUGCCGUUACACCCGCAGGGAGUGAAAAUGUGCUGCUGUUAUGAUAAGGCGUCGGUCGGAGUGUAUCUGUUACAAUGUUGGGCCUGGCUACAAUUGUUGUCGUUCAUCCUAAAUGUUAUUGACCUCAAAUUCUGCACCACACUCACCCAAGCAUGCCUUUCUGGACCUUGCCUUUAUGACCUUAUCCAUAAUUCUUCCCGCAAUGCCUAGAAGUGUCCAAAAUGAAAGCGGGGUACACACCAAGUCAUCAAAGGGCUGAUUAUUGGAUGUCUCUGUAAGAUUAUCUUGAGCGUUAAUCCUGUGGUGUGGGGUAGUGCUGUGCGAUAUUACACUAUGAAAACAUCUAACGUACAAUAUGCUCCUCUCGUUUAUAUCAUGAUUUUAAUGUAUUGGGUUAGCGAUGUUGCUAUGCUAAUGUAGCGUCCGAGACGGUAACAGCAACAGUCGCCUUUCUAUAACGUCAUCCUUGUGCCUCACUCGCCAGGUAUGACUAAUUGAUUUACGCUCAAGCCAACUGUUUCCUGCAUGCUGAUUUUCGUCGUACUGACUUUCAUUGCUCCUGUGACAGUGACAAUUAUCGGUAAGUUCUAUUCUAUAUAUUUAUCAGAAUAUAAAAUUACCUAAAUGGGGAUAUAAAAUUUUGUCCAUAUCACAUAGCACUAGAGUGGUUUGUGUUAAGAGUGUUUAUUUAAUUUUUUCUCCUCCCCAAUCUGCUCGAAAAUUGGUCAGGGACAACAAUCGUAAUUGUUAAACCUUAGCAAUGUUUACAAUCGCAUAUCUUGUUGAGCAGAGCCACGGACUCCGUGAUUGUAUCGAUAGCCAAUUAGGAAGCAAAUUGAAUCUUAUGCUGUUGUCGGACCAAACCCUUAGUUUUGUCUUGUUUUGUUCUUCUACUAUUCUUUAUCUUCUUUGUAUUUUCCCUGCCCUGUGGCACUAUGUUGCCUCUCACAGGUCUGUCUUGGCAUAACGGAAGACAAUCUGGAUUGUCUCUCGAUUGUCGCUGGAGAUAUCAUUUUGUUUGCUCUGGUGUGAUCGUCAUUACAUGAUAAGAGCAGUAAGCACACACUUUUCCUCCUUAUGUGUGGGGUCUCUCACAUUUAAAAAAAAUCGGUAUGUGUGUACCCCGCUUAAGAUGAAUUAAAAUUCAAGAUGAGAACAGCAACCCCUGAUUGGUUAAUUAAUUAAUCAUGAGUCUGUCCCAAAUAAUUUUGUCCACAUAGCGUGACUCUUCUAUACUGAGUGGAAUUUAUUUAAGCAAGCUCAUCACUUAUAAGUGAAGCUUCGUUUAAAUAUGAAAGAUGUUCUUUAGCCGGCACGGUGGACGACUGGUUUGCACAGCUGCCUCACAGUUCUGGGGACCGGGGUUCAAAUCCGGGCCCCGCCUGUGUGGAGUUUGCAUGUUCUCCCCGUGCCAGGGUGGGUUUUCUCCGGGAUCUCCGGUUUCCUCCCACGUCCCAAAAACAUGCGUGGUAGGUUGAAUGAAGACUCUAAAUUGCCCGUAGGUGUGACUGUGAGUGCGAUGGUGGUUUGUUUAUAUGUGCCCUGCGAUUGGCUGGUGACCAGUUCAGGGUGUACCCUGCCUCUCACCCGAAGAUAGCUGGGAUUAGGCUCCAGCACCCCGCGACCCUAGUGAGGAUAAGCGCUAAUGAAAAUGGAUGGAUGGAUGGAGAAGUUCUUUAUUGUUUUAUGCAUUGUUAACGCUCUCUUUCGCACGCACGCACUUGUCUUCCACUUUUCCUGUUUCACCAUCUGGACAGUUUUACACUGAAUCCUAUUUUAGACAUAUUAUGCAA